AUGUCUUAUAAAAUGGAAAGCUUCACUCUCGACGAUCAACUCAUGGCAGGACAAUUUGCAACAACUCACCGAAAGUCGGUUUCAGAAAGCAAGUUGCUCGAAGCACCCGAAACGCCCAUGUUUAGAGUCGAAUCAUCCAUCAAUGUCAAUUCGACUUUCACACCUCGGACUCCAACUAAUAGACCCAAUUCAUAUACUUUUGCUCAGCUUUUCACUCCUACUCAAAGACCAAAGAGCGAAAGAGAGUUAUAUGCGAACUUCUUUACUAGACUUGAAUCUCAUCAAGUUCAAUUACUUCGAGACCGACGCAGAUGGACAUCUUUAACUCCUCAAUCUCAGGCUAAAAAGGAUCCACGGAGUGAAAGUGUCCUUCAUACGGAGUGGAAUCCGUAG